UGCUGUCCGAAACGGUCUCUCCUUUUUUCUCCUUUUACAUUCAAAAAAUUGAAAAAAAAGCUUUGGGAAAAGCACUCUUUUCUAUUCAAUUUUUGGGUGCGUGUAUAUGCUUAUUUUGCCCAAAAAACAUUUUAAAACCCACAAAAAAGCCCUCUAUCCCCCCCCUCCUGUGGCUGUCUCCACCUUUUAUAAUUUUACAAAAAAAAAUAUAAAAGCUUAUUUUGUCAAAUGCCCUUCCCUCUCUUUAAAAAUGCAACGGGCAUCAACAAGAAUUUUAUUUUUGCUUUUUUAUUCCGUCUUUAAAUUUUUUAUUUUUAUUUCCUUAUUUUUUAUUUUGUUAGUAGUAAAUUUAGACAAUGAAUGAAUGUUUUUAAUACAAAUUUAAAAAUGAUAUUAAAGAUUAGACUUGGAGUGUCAUACGAGAAUCAAGAUCGAUAUCUCGAAAAGAUUCUAGUCGCGAUAGCCUAUAUUUUUGGAUUUGUUUUCGGUCCGGUCUCUUAUUGAUAUUCUCCUAAUCAUUCUCCUCCAUAUGUCACAGCUCAAUUUGGCCCAAAAGGGUGAUAUAAUGGAGAAAUUCCAUUUUAUAGUCCGAAUCUUGAAUUCUGAUUUGCAACCACGCAAUUUUAAGUACUUCACACUCCCUUUAAAGUGAAUUUUUUUCCCUAGUUACUGGGAGGAGUUGUCCAAACUAAACUCUGAAACUUCACGUCACACAUUCACCUUAUCGGCAGAUUUUUUCUCCCCUAAUUUCGAUUUAUCCUCCCUAAUCUGACACUCAGUUUUACGAGUCCUUUUUUCGAUUUCUUCGAAUUUUUUUUAUUAAUUUUUAUUUUUUGUGAAAUGAGAAUUUUUGAGGGGGGGGGGUGUAAUUUUAGGAAUAAAUAAGGGAAUAAUAAUACAUAU